UUCCUCUGGUUGAGUUUAUAGCUUUAUUAGUACACUUUUUGACAUUAGCGUCUGGUAGUAGGAGACUUUCCCCAACUAAAAUCCCACAAUCUGGUUUACUCCUUUUAAUGCCAAAAGCCCCUCCAUUUACACCCAAAAGCUAACUGAUUAAAGAACAAAAUAAAUCCCUUCACAGAAACUCGAAAGAGUCAUCUUCUCGUAGCCGGAUUUGGUAAACUGAUUGCAAGUGUUUUACUCAAGUCUAUAUUUUCAGACUUCAGACCAUCAAAAUUCAUUUCCAGUACCUGAGCAAGAAGACAAAGUGGGGGUGAUUCGGAGUGCGCUCAGAAGUUUCUGAGGACCCAUUUGGUCGUUUGGACUGGUCGGUCUGUUCAUCUCUCCAUCAUUUUUCAUCUGGGUACUCUUUUGUUUCCCCAUUGUGAGUUUCAUGAGAUGGGGUUUGAAGAGAGCGGCAAUAGCAAAAUCCAAGUAGCUUCUGGACACAGACGCUCUAAGAGCUUCCCUGAUAAGAGGGGACUUGAAGAAGAUGGCUUGGAUCAUUUCCAAGAAGCUUCUCACCGGCUAAAGUUGGAUAUGAGGCAUUUGAAGGACUAUUUCAAGACCAAGAAGAAACAAUUGCCUACCUCCGAAGUUCAAAAUGCGUUGCGGCAAGAGAUUCUACAGCUUGAAAAGAGAUUGCAAGAUCAAGUUGUCGUUCGCUGUGCCUUAGAAAAAGGACUAGGGUAUCAGUCUUCCUCUCAUGACGUCACAAAUGAAACCUCAAUACCUAAGCCAGCGAUAGAACUGAUUAAAGAAAUUGCCAUUUUGGAGCUUGAAGUUGGGCAUUUGGAGCAGUAUCUUCUCUCAUUGUACCGGAAAGCAUUUGAUCAACAAACUCCCCCAUCUCUGUCAAUGAAAGAUGAAAGACUGAAGUCCCCAUUGACCUCCCCAAGGGGAAAACAUCUGCUCAUUUCCAGAUCUGGCAUCACAACAAAGAAGGAAAUUGCGACUUUUCAAGCUAGAUUUCAGUCGCUUGCCAACCCGUGGAAUGAAUUCGGUGAUAUAGGUGAAGAGAAGGUAGUAGAAACAACAGAUCUCCGCUGCCAAUCUUCACUAUCUAACCGUUCAGUUCUCCCCACUAGAACUUCUCCUCCAGCCGAGUCUCUGGGUAAAGCUGUCCGUGCCUGUCAUUCUCAACCUUUGUCUAUGAUGGAGUAUGCUCAGAAUGCAUCUUCAAAUGUGAUCAGUCUGGCAGAGCAUCUUGGCACACGUAUUUCAGACCACAUUCCAGAGACACCUAAUAGGAUUUCUGAAGAUAUGAUCAAAUGCAUGGCCGCCAUAUACUGCAAGCUCGCAGACCCACCUUUGACGAGUCAUGGUCUCUCAUCUCCCAGUUCAUCGUUGUCAUCAAUGGGCGCAUUCUCUCCAAAAGAACAAUAUGAUAGUUGGAGUCCAGGGUUCAGAAAAGAUUCUUCUUUUGAUGUACGGUUAGAUAAUCCUUUCCAUGUGGAAGGACUAAAGGAGUUCAGCGGGCCAUACAGCACAAUGGUUGAAGUGGCAUCUAUAUGUAGAGAUAAUCAAAAAUUGGGUGAAGUUGAGUACAUGUUACAAGAUUAUAGGUCACUUAUUUGUCGGUUAGAGGAAGUAGAUCCGAGGAAGAUGAAACACGAGGAGAAGCUAGCAUUCUGGAUCAACAUACACAACACGUUGGUGAUGCAUGCAUUUCUGGCUUAUGGGACUCCACAAAACAAUGUGAAGAGAGUCUUUCUACUCAUGAAAGCUGCCUACAAAGUUGGUGGUCACAUAGUAAGUGCUGGUACAAUCCAAAAUUCCAUCUUCGGAUGCCGCAUAUCUCGUCCUGGACAGUGGCUUCGCUUGUUACUUUCUUCAAGAACGAAGUUCAAGACUGGAGAUGAACGGAAAGCGUUUGGCAUUGACCAUCCUGAACCCCUUUUAUACUUCGCGCUAUCUUCAGGAAGCCAUUCUGAUCCUGCGGUCCGUCUUUACACACCCAAGAGAGUAUUUCAAGAGCUGGAAGUGGCAAAAGAAGAGUACAUUCGGGCUACCUUUGGCAUAAGAAAGGACCAUAAAAUUAUUUUACCGAAGAUUGUGGAGUCGUUUGCAAAGGAUUCAGGGUUGUGUCAAGCGGGUCUCAUAGAGAUGAUCCAAAAUUGCUUGCCUGAAUCCGUAAGAAAAAGUAUUAAGAAGUGUCAGUCUGGGAAGUCCCGCAAGAGCAUUGAAUGGGCUCCCUAUAGCUUUGCUUUCCGGUAUCUGAUACCAAAAGAGCUGGUCAAGUGAUUUGUCGCAGAGGCAGGGGAGCUCCCAUUGCAUGUCUAUUUUCCUUGGGUAUAAAAGAUCUAGAUUAUGGAGCCUGUAACGAGUCAGUGGAACAGAGUGGCUUGGCCAAUCCCUCUGUAUUUUGUGUUUGCCUGAUCUUUCCUUUUGCUCCAUCUUGAAAUGGGAGGCCUGUUAUGUUACGAUGCAACUAAUUGUAGUGCACUUGAAUUUUGUAUGUAAAAAAAUGGUGCUCAUAUUCAUCUAUUGAUCUAGCUGUUCCUAGUAAA